UCAUGUGUAAACACAAGAUAAACAUCUCAAUUAAUUCUAUUUUAAUAUUUAUCACAACUUGUUUACAAAUCGUCAGUGUGUUAGCGCAGUCGCACUCGACCUACGAUACUCCUUGUUAUUUGGUGACUAUUAUUGAUAAACAAAUAUUGAAGUUUCACAAGAUCGCCUAUUUUCAUUCCAAAAUGGUUCAAAUAGUAGGAAAAUACAACCACGUGAAGAGUGAGAAUCUCGAUGAAUAUUUUAAAAAAUUGGGUGUACCAUACAUCCCCAGGAAAAUGAUGUGUGCCUCCAACCCAACUCUGGAAAUUUCCAAAUCUGAGGAUGGAUCUUGGACAUUUACCACAACCACCGCUUUUAGAACCGUGUCUUAUAUCUUUAAACUUGGUGAAGAUUAUACCGAAACCAUGCCCGGAGGUACCUUAAAUUGCAAAACAACUAUGGAAGAUGAUAAAUUCCUUACAGUAUGCUCCGCACCAGAUGGAACGGAAAUGACCAGGAUGUACGUAUUUACCGAUGACGGUCUGACUAUUACGUACAAAUAUAAAGAAAAAGAGGCCAUACGUUAUUAUAAAAGGGCUUAAAACUUUAUGCCUAAUCAAGUUGGAGGCUUUGAAUGGAAUAAAUCACAUAAAAUCGGUUAAUUUUUACGAUUGUUUUAGCUGUAAUUUAACUACGUUUAUGAGUAAUAUUUUACUUGUUAUUGUAGUGUAUGAGUUCAAUAAAGACACAAAAAUAAACUGAAA